UAGUAAUUGUCAUACUUACACACGACCUUCUAACCAUGGUGUGAUGAACCACUUCACACCAUGAUUAUGUUCUUCACUUUAUUUUAGCUAAAAAGAAAUCGAACAAUUAACAAUCAAUGAGGAUAGAACGGGAAGGUUAGGAAAUUUUUGUGAGGAUAUAUGGGUGUGGUGAGAAAAAGAACUGGGUGCAAUUCGAUCCGUAUAGAAACAUCGCAACUCCAGCCUCGUCUCUCGUCUCCGAUGUCCUCGUCGGCCUCCUCUGCUCGCUCGCCAUUCUCGGCCUUCUCUUUCGCCAGAUGAACAUCUCGGUACCUGUCGAUCCACUCGAGUGGCACAUUUCACAGGACACUGCUCGUAGCAUUGUUGCAUGGUUAGCCAAUACCAUAGGAGCAGCUGAGUCUGUAUUGAGGGUUGCAGCCACAGGGCAUGACAAGAGGUUGUUUUUCAAGGUGGCUUUACAUGCUAUCAGCUUUGGGACGGUUGGUGUCAGGAUUAUGCUUGUUUUGCCUUUAUAUGUUAGCUGAGAUCAGUCGGUCAAUCAGUGCAUGUUUGUCUUGAUUUCUGAGGAGAACAAAUGAUCUAGCGGAGGAAGAUGCUGCAAAGCAAGAUGCUAUGUAGCUUAAGUUUUAUGUAACCUCCAUGUACAAUGAAUCUUUGUAUAUUUUUGUGCGGUUGUAUUUCGAGCUACUCAAUAGUUUCUGUGUACAUACGACUUUGUGCCUGACCACUCUGGGGUGGUACAAUAUUGUUAACCAAGACAUACUAUUUUACGAUACAAAUUGUUGAAUAAUUGA